UAGUAGUUUUUUGUGCUAUGAUGAAACAAUGCAAAAAAAGCUGGAAUUACCGACUGAAAGUUUUAUGUUGAGAGAUUUUGCUAAAUAUUCUGAACAAAGAAAUAAUAAACAAAUGGAUACUU